AUGGACACACGAGCCGGUCUUUUGGCCGCGGGAAUGAUCGCCAUUGUGCCCGGCUAUAUAAGCCGCUCUGUGGCCGGUUCAUAUGACAAUGAAGGAAUUGCAAUCUUUUGCAUGAUCUUCACCUUCUACUUGUGGGUGAAAUCUGUCAAAACGGGUUCCGUCAUUUGGGCAAGCGCUUGCAGUUUGGCCUACUUUUAUAUGGUCUCCUCCUGGGGUGGUUACGUUUUCCUCAUCAACAUUAUACCCAUACACGUGCUGAUUCUUAUACUUACUGGCCGCUUCUCACAUCGCAUUUAUGUGGCAUAUUCCACACUGUACACACUCGGUACUAUCUUGUCCAUGCAAAUUAGCUUCGUCGGAUUUCUCCCUGUGAUCUCCAGUGAACAUAUGGGGGCUCUCGGAGUGUUUGGCAUUUGUCAGCUUGUGGCCUUCUACGAUUUUCUGAAGGGUAAAAUGCUCCCGGAAACAUUUAACCGUUUGCUGCGGCUAGUUGGACUGCUGCUCGGGUUACUGUUUGGUGUUGCCCUAUCUAUGCUGGUGUUAUCGGGUAAAAUUGCCCCAUGGACCGGUCGAUUUUACUCCCUGCUUGAUCCAACCUAUGCCAAGAACCACAUACCCAUAAUAGCUUCAGUGUCAGAACACCAGCCAACCGCAUGGAGUUGCUAUUACUUCGACUUGCAGCUGUUAGCGGUCAUGUUUCCAGGUGAGUUAUUUCAUCCAGUCUGUGGAUGUAACUUUUCCAUUGUAGUUGGCCUCUAUUACCUUUUCAAGAAGCCGACCAACGAGGGCAUCUUCAUUAUCACUUACGGUAUCACCAGCUUGUACUUUUCGGGCGUGAUGGUCCGAUUGAUUCUCGUCUUGGCACCGGUUAUGUGCAUCGUCGGUGCUAUCGGGAUAUCGGGCAUUCUCAAAUCGUUUAUCGUCAACUUGGAAGAUUCUGACUCUACGAGCCAAACGAAGACCAUGAAACACACGUCCUCCUCGGGUAGCGGUUUAACUUCUACCCACAAGAUCAGCAAAUCUCUUCAGGAUACCUCCUAUCCGUUCAAACACGAAAUUGCCACAUUCAUGGUAUUCCUCGUGGCCGUGCUGUUGGUUCUCUUCAGUAAACAUUGCAUAUGGGCCACUUCGAACUCCUACUCUCAUCCUUCGAUCGUGCUCGAGACAACUGGACAUCAUGGGGAACGUUUUAUCCUGGAUGACUACCGAGCAGCCUACUAUUGGCUCCGUCAGAACACCAAACCGGAUGCCCGGGUCAUGUCUUGGUGGGACUACGGCUAUCAAAUAACCGCCAUAGCUAAUCGUACGGUUCUCGUGGACAACAACACCUGGAACAAUACUCAUAUCGGCCGAGUCGGUCAGGCAAUGGCCUCGUCCGAGGAAGAAUCCUAUGAAAUUAUGCAGGAGCUAGAUGUGGACUACGUCCUGGUGAUUUUCGGUGGCCUGUUGGGCUACAGUUCAGAUGACAUCAAUAAAUUCAUAUGGAUGAUUCGCAUUGCGGGCAGUACGGAGAAGGGACGCCACGUGUCGGAACAUAACUAUUAUUCCGCUACCGGGGACCUCCGAAUUGAUAGCGAGGCCACGCCGACCUUGGCAAACUCACUGCUAUACAAGUUGAGCUACUAUCGUUUCUGGGAGACACAAGUGGAUCGAAGUCCAUCAGUUAGGACUGAUGUUUCUGUUCGUCCGGCGUCGGUUUUGCAAGUAACAUGUGCACGUUAUCCAGCGCCGGCAUCCUCAGACAUCUUGGAAUCAAUCUUCAAAUCUCGACGCCCAAACAACCUGACCGUAUUCAGUAUCCGCACUCUAAAGCAAGUAGGUCAACAAGCUGCUCUUGCAUUCACACUGGACUCGCUUGGCACUGACGGGUGCUGCGUGUCAGAAACAAGAAUUCAAGAUGCAAGCGCAGCGGUUGAGCUAACCGCCCCAUCACUUUCCACUGGCGAUUCGGAGGCUGUGGUGGCAGGAUGUGCAGGGGGACAAAUCCUGCUGCGUCAAGCCUCAAAGUCUGCAACCGACGACCUACCGUUGGUGGUCGUGGAUACUGCACCUCAACCCAGAUGGCGGUCUGGAAACGCUGACUUGGGGUUUUGUGUACUCUGUGACCGGCCGACUACUACCAGUGACCACUGGUUUCAACGGAUCGCGUGUCACACACGCCACAUUGUUGCGACGGUGAAUCUUGCCCACUGUGUUGUGGUGCUCUUCAGGCCUGUCCCAAAGCCUCGGGCCCAUCCAGAAAACGCAGGGGUGUGCUUGCUACCCGGUCCGCAAAGAGGGCGUCUUAUGAUGCUGACCUGGACCGAAGCAGAGUCCCAGCACAGUGUGUUCCGGAACCCUGUGUGCGUCCGUGUUUUCGGGUCCACAGAAGAACAACUCGGCAGCC